ACCUAUAUCUAUCCGCGAGGAAAAAUGGCUGCUCCAGUUGUAAUGCCUUACGCUGAUCCAUCAGCUCAUCACGUAUCACUGGGACUGGAUCAACCAGUAUCCACUGGCACCACAAUAAUGGCCGUUGAAUAUGAUGGAGGUGUCAUUAUUGGAGCUGAUUCCCGCACUACAUCAGGGUCGUAUAUUGUUAAUCGUGUGACUGAUAAAUUGACUCCUAUCACUGAUCGGAUAUUUUGCUGUCGUUCAGGGUCAGCUGCUGAUACCCAAGCCAUUGCUGAUGCUGUGAAAUACAAUCUACAAUUAUUGAGUAUUGAGCUUAACGAGGCUCCUUUGGUAAAGACAGCUGCUCAUUUCUUUAGGCAAUAUUGUUACAAGUAUCGUGAUAAUUGUACUGCUGGUAUAUUAUGUGCUGGCUGGGAUAAAAGAUCAGGAGGGCAAGUGUAUUCUAUUCCAUUGGGUGGUAUGUGUAUACGUCAACCAUUUGCCAUUGGAGGCUCUGGCAGCACUUACCUGUAUGGCUAUUGUGAUGCUCAUUUCAAGGCUGGGAUGAAUAAAGAGGAAUCAAUUGAAUUUGUUAAAAACUCUGUUGCAUUGGCUAUAUCACGUGAUGGUAGUUCAGGUGGUGUUGUACGUAUUGCUGUUAUCAGUGAAGACGGGGUUGAGAGGUUGUUGUUUACUGGCAAAGACAUUCCUCAGUAUAAUACUGACAUGUAGUCCAAUCAGUGACUAACUUAUAAUAGGCAUUCAUUGAAUAAUAAUGAUCAUUAUUAUUAUUAUGAUAAUUUGCAUAAUUGUACAAGGUCA